UUCCUCUUUCUUUUUCAUUUAUUACUACUUUAAUAAUCUACACAAUAGAAACUCCCCACUCUUUGUUUUCUUGAAAGUUCUUAUCUUUCUCAAAGAACCCUGCUCAAGCCGGUUGAAGAUUUUAUUCUUCAGGAGGGUUUUAACGACGUUCAUUAUUUUCACUAUAGCAUCCCUCUCCAUGGAUGUUGUAGAGAGAAGGAUUUCAUCCUGCUAUGCCAAACUUCCAUGGAUAUUCAAAGGAAGUGCCUUAUAUCAGAUUAAUCUUGUGAAGGCUGCGACUGCUCGAGCAUUCAUCCCUAAGGAGCUUCGAUUAGUUGAAGCUUUUGGAUACACUCUUGGUGGGUUUUUCCUCGCUAGCUACGAUGAUAGCCCCGCUGGUGUCUUCGAUGAGCUUGUGGUGAUUGCAGGAACUGUAUGGAACCCUCCUACAUCAUGCGCAUGGGCCGCAAGGGUGCUUGUAAACAGUGAUGAGGCUUGUCAUCACGGACGCAAGGAAGUAGGACUACCAAGCCAAGUUGCAAGAUUUUCAAAAAAAAUAACAGCAGUUCCAAAGGGGAAAAGGGAGAGAACUUUUGGUUUAUUGGACACAUUUACGCUAGGAACUUCUAUGUCUCACCCUGAAGAUAUGGUGGAGGUUAAGGUUAGUGAAGUUGAUGGUGCUGCUUCUGCUGAUAUCUGCAGUAUCAAAUUUAGAUCAGACGAAAUGGAGAAAAAACUCGGAAACUGGAUGGGACCAGCAAUCAAAAUGUCACUACCGAGUUUUAGUGGAAAUACAAAGUACUUUCCGAACCUGCUCAAAUAUUCAUGCCACCUCCAGUGCAGGGUGAGGCCGGUGAGACCUGCGGUAGUAUCACAUCCUUUGGACAAUGAGACAGAUUCAGGAGAGAAUAUUCACUCAUCACAAGAGUUGCAUGAAAAUGAAAGGAGGUUAAGUGUAGCUGUAAUGCUAUCAAAACCAAUCAUAGCUCUUGAAUUUAAAGACUUAACAAUGCAAGUAGAAGCUCCUGUUGUAGUUUAACACAACACUCAAGUUCCAAGAACAUACACGUCCUUCCUACUACAAGAACUCUUCAGGAAGAGGAUGACUAUCCAAGAACGCUUUAAAUAGCACUAGUGAUCUCUGAGGCUGUGAGAAUGGGACCUCGUGUGAAGCUCC